AUGUCAAUCACCGAUGAUCUUAUUGUAGCAUCGGCAACCCUCUGCAAAACUACCGGGCUACUGAACAAAGACUACAAUCAUCAGAUACGAAAUCAUGUUACCGUUCUUCGAAAAUUACUAUCGAACAAAGAUUUAGACUCGGUUGCUCAGGAUGACACCCUCUUGAAUGUGAGCGAGGAUUCUUACUUUAACUUUGAUCCCUCGCAAGACUCGAUCACCUACCUUUUUCUUCUUCAUCUACAAAUCCGUGCUCGCAGGGAAGCAUCCGGUCAGGACUUGCCAGCAGAUCUGCUUCCAUCGGGGAAGCUGUGGUUGAAAUCGGCUUAUUUCCUACGAAGCUUUGAUCCUAUUCAGGUCAGGUAUGCCGGUCAUGAGUGGCGCCAACUAGUCGAGCUUGUAGUCCAAGCUGCGCAAGCUUCACCGAGGCCAUUCUUAGCUGUUCGCUUGGUCAGAGAUGCGAUGCUGCGACUUGACCCUUCAUGUGCCGUCUUAACAUCGACGCACUUACUCUUGACUCAUCUCGCUCUCUUCUCUAAGGCUUACACUUGUGCUUUGCCGGUAUUGGAAAGACAGAUCUCUCACGUUCCUAUUUCCGCUGGUCGGCAUUUUUCUUCGUCACUACAAAUACUUUGUGCAGAGCACGAGUCCAGCCUUAGUUUUCUCAAUGAAGAAACUGGACUUUCAUCAAAAUUGCUAGAUCGCGACUACCUACGAUACUUCCUUUAUGGAGGCAUGAUCUAUAUGGCGCUUAAGAAAUGGGACAAGGCAUCCCAUUUUUUUGGGACUGUGAUAUCAAUGCCCACAGUAGGAUCUGUGAGUAUGAUCAUAGUCGAGGCGUACAAGAAAUGGAUUUUGGUAGGACUUCUAGAGAAAGGCAAGCUGUGCCCUCCGCCUAAUAUCACCGCACCGCACGUGAUGAAGACCAUCCAGUCUAUCACCAAACCAUACUCCAACCUAGCUCAAGCAUUCGAAAGUGGUGACAAAAAAAGACUGGAGGCUGAGGUAGAUGCUGGUCAAGAUGUCUGGCGCGUGGACAACAACAUGGGCCUUGUUUCCCAGGUUUUGGAUGAAUUUGCAAGGCAUUCCUUGAUGAAAACUAGAAAAGUAUUUGCCGCCUUGACAGUGGGCGAACUCUCGGCGCAAACAUCCCCACCGAACGGGAAAGAUGAUGGGAUUACCGAAUCCAAGGUAGCAUCGCUCAUUAUGUCUGGUGCUAUAGACGCGACUCUAGUGCACUCUCAAGUGUGCUCUAACGAUUCAAUAUUACGUUUCGCCACGGCAAACUCCAUGUUGCCACAAUGCCACGAGAUUGAAAUGCAGGCUCAACUUCAAAUUCAGGGGCGAUUGCUAGAAAGUCUGUUUGGCCAUAUGGAAGAAAGCAACUUGAGGCUAGGUCUCAGUGAUGAAUUUAUCGAUAAUUCUAUCAAGGGCCAGUCUUGGACAGGAGCUGGGGAAAUUAAUCCAUCCCUAGGUGGUGCUACUGACUUAGAGGUUGAAGAGGAUAUUAUGGGUGAUUUAGCUUGA